AUGGCCUGGCCCUGGAAUUUCUCCGUCCACAACCGCAAGGAUCUCCAGAGGGUGGUGAAGAAGGCCCAGAACAUCACUGGGACUGUGCUCCCACUCAUCCAGAAGAUCUACUCGAAACAGUGCCUGAAGAAGGACUGCAGCAUCAUCAAGGACCCCACACACACCAACCACGAGCUGUUCACUUACUUACCCUCGGGCAGACGAAUGAACCUGCAAGGGGAGACCAAGGUGCUGAAGCUGAAGAACCUGAGGCUGAAGGACUUUGCCAACUACACGUGCCAGGUGUCCGUUCGCAACGUGUGUGAAAUCCCUGAUAGCUCUGUCACCUUUCUCCUCACCAUCGGCACCACAGGCAACAUCAAAGACGUUGUGACCAGAUACCAGCGGCUGUUGAACCUGACGAAGGAGGGCUGCAAUAUGAUCGCGGCUUUCCGAAAGACGGCUCCCCCUGCUCUACGGCUUUCUGUCAACGAAUCCUUGGUGGUAGACCCCGGGAAGGACGUGACCCUGUCAUGCGAGGUGACCGCCGGAUUGCCUAAACCCACCGUCACCUGGUCGCGCUACCUGAACCCGUUGCCGAGAAACUCGUUGGUAAGAGACGGGACUCUGGAGUUGCGCUCGGUGACGCCCGCCGACUCAGGCUUCUACAACUGCACUGCAGUCAACAAUGUGGGGAACCCGGCCAAGAGGAACGUCAACCUCCUCGUCCGAAGUAUGGGUAACCUUACCUUCCAGAUCACACCCGACUCCAACAAGGACAGUGAGAGCAUCCAGAUGGGCCGUGACCUCAAGCUUUCAUGCCACGUGGACGCGCAGCCCCAGGACAAGGUGAACUACACGUGGUACCAGAACRCUGUGCUCAUCUACAACUCGGACAGCCUGAUUGUGCUGCACAGCGACCCAGACAUGGCGCCUGGUACUAGCAGUCUGGAGAUCGUGGACAUGAACUUCCGCGACCAGGCCACCUACAGCUGCGUGGCCAACUUCCCCGGGAGCACAGUGCCUGAGCUGAGGGUGGAUGUCAACAUCACCCAGAACAGCGUCACUCCCCCAAUUUUAACGGUGCCAGAAGGGGGCCAGGUGGUGAGCGUGAGGGAGGGAGGCACCACCGACCUGGUGUGCCUGGUUGACGGCAAGCCCCGCCCACCUGUGCUUUGGUCGCGCGCCGACAAGGACCUGGCCAUGCCCACGGGUGAGUGGGCGGUGGAAACACGCGACGGGCGCCUCCGCCUGACCAACGUCACCCGCGACCUGAUGGGUGCCUACCGCUGCCAGACGGCACCAUACAAUGGCCUCAACAUCAAGCCACGUCAGGCGCAGGUUCAGCUGAAUGUACAAUAUGCUCCUGUCCUGGACCCGGUUUUCCAGGACGUACGCUUGCCCAACUACCAGUUUGUAACCCUGCGCUGCAUCAUUCAGAAGUCCAACCCGCCACGCGUGGCCAGCAUCCGCUGGACGCGAAACGGCGAGCCCCUGACCUCCCUGACCCCAAACCCACAAGAGAACCCGCAGCUGAAAUUCAAACUGGACCCCAGCAACAACGGCACGUACAAGUGCCGUGUCAGCAAUGGCGUGGGCUCUUCUACCUGCACCUUCAACAUCUCAUCUCGUCCAUACAACGCUGARUUCUACUUUGACACGCCCAACCCCAUCCGCAAUCUGAAGGGCAACAACUUCUCCUACAACCUCCAGUGGACCCAGAGAGAGCCCGCGGCUACAGACCGGAUCAUUGGCUACUGGGUCAACGUUCGCAAUAAUGAAAAGAUGAAUCAGAUGAACCUGUUCUCCAAGCAGAUCGACAAUAAGGAGCCGGUGAAGGGCGGCCUCAUGUCCUACACCCUGACUGACCUGAAGAUCCCCGUCUCCUAUGAGAUCCGCCUGGCCCCCAUCACCACCUACAGCACAGGAGACUAUGUCAGUCGCACCAUCAAGUACUCAGAGCACCAUGUCUGUGGCUUUGAGGACAAGCACAUCUGCGGUUUCUCCCAGGACCGGGGCGACAAUUUUGAUUGGACAAGACAGAACCACCUGACCCAGAACCCCAAGCGUUCAUCCAACACCGGCCCAGAGAUGGACAGGAGUGGCACCAAAGAAGGUUGCUACAUGUACAUUGAGGCCUCUCGUCCCCGGGUACCGGGGGACACUGCCCGUCUCUUGUCCCCCCUCUACAACGUCACCGCUACCAGGGGCCCCAAGGGUUCUGGUUGUCUCCCUUACUGCAUCUCUUUCUUCUACCACAUGAAGGGCAAGCAGACCGGUACCCUGGACGUGUGGCUGAGGGUGAAGAGCAUCGCCUCUGUGGACACUAAGGUCUGGAGCCUGAUUGGGAACCAGGGUCCUGACUGGAACCAGGCCAACAUCAUUGUCAACCCCAGCGGACCCUUCCAGGUGGUGUUUCAGGCCAUUCGGGGAUCGGGCUACGAAGGCGACAUUGCCAUCGAUGAUGUAUCAGUCACCAAAGGGAAAUGCAAGCAGGAGAAUUCCGUUUCCAACACAGUUCUGAUUGGAGGAGCCCCGGURCUGUGCUCGCACCCAUUGGCCGCCUCGCUGACCUUCGCCCUCUGCUCCUAUCUACUGCUGCUCUACAGAUGA